AUGCAGCAGAUUCGUAUUUCACUACGUGGCAGCAGCAUUGUGCUUAUGGGCAAGAACACUAUGAUGCGUAAAGCCAUCAAGGACCAUCUGGAGACCAACCCAGCCCUUGAGAAGUUGCUUCCUCACAUCAAGGGAAAUGUCGGCUUUGUGUUCACUCGUGGAGACCUUGUUGAGGUCCGUGACAAACUUCUGGAGAACAAAGUGCGUGCCCCAGCUAGGCCAGGUGCUAUCGCUCCAUUGGCUGUGGUCAUCCCUGCCCACAACACUGGCUUGGGUCCCGAAAAGACUGCCUUCUUCCAGGCUCUGUCUAUCCCAACCAAGAUUUCCAAGGGUACUAUUGAAAUCAUCAACGAUGUCCACAUCUUGAAGCCCGGAGACAAAGUAGGAGCUUCUGAGGCCACCCUCCUCAACAUGUUGAACAUUUCUCCCUUCUCAUAUGGUCUUGUUGUUAAGCAAGUAUAUGACUCUGGCACCAUCUUUGCACCAGCCAUCCUUGACAUCAAGCCUGAGGAUCUUCGUGCCAAGUUCCAACAAGGAGUAGCCAAUGUGGCUGCCCUCUCAUUGGCCAUCAGCUACCCAACUCUUGCUUCUGCUCCUCACUCCAUUGCCAACGGAUUCAAGAACUUGCUGGCUAUUGCUGCUGUCUCCGAAAUCGAGUUCAAGGAAGCCACCACCAUUAAGGAGUUCAUUAAGGACCCAAGCAAGUUUGCCGCUGUGGCAGCACCCGCUGCCGCCGCCGCCGCAGCGCCCGCUGCUGCUGCUAAGGAAGAAGAGAAGAAGCCCGAGAAGGAGGAUUCCGAGAGUGACGACGACAUGGGCUUCGGUCUCUUUGAC